UCCAAACAAAUAGUCAUUCAACACUUUCGGUUUAAUUAUUGAAUUCAGUUGCAGAAUUAAUUGAUGGCAGCAAAAUAUGAUGGAGCAGGAGAACAAAACAAGCAAACCAAAAAUUACAUUUUGAUAUCAAGCAAUGAGGAGGCAAAGGAAUUAUUUAAAAGAAUAGAUACGAACAAACACAAUAUUGCGACACUUGGUUUGGAUGUGGAAGCUGUUGAAUUAGGAAGUUCCUGGAAGGGAGUUGUCUCCAUUGUGCAAAUAAAAAUACAAGACAAACCUCCAUACCUUAUAGACAUAUAUGGGAGCAAGAUAGAUUUGAAGGCGACCUUGUUCAACGACAUAAUGAAAUCAGAAGAGAUUGAAAAGGUAAUUCAUGAUCCGAGAAAUGAUAGCAGCAUGUUGUAUGAAACAUACAAGACAGAGAUGCGAAAUGUGUUUGAUACCCAGUCCUUCCAAAUGACAGUUGAAAAUAAAUGUAGUCCGAUAUUAACUACAAGAAGAUUGCAAAGCCAAAGGAAAUCGUUGGACUUUAUUUAUGAAAAGUACGUAGGACGUUUUCCAAAUAAAACAUUGAAGGAUGAUAUGAAAAAGCAAAUGUCAGAAGAUCAGAAUCUUUGGUUGAAACGACCAUUGACAGGAGAAAUGGCUAUGUAUGCAGCAUUAGAUGUUGAUACACUUCUACCAAUACGGUUUUCAAUGUUAAAACACCUAAGUGAUAUGGGCGAUGUUCAGAGGAUAGCUUUUCUGAAAACAUAUAAUGAAUUAUGCGCAGAAAGCAUAUACACGCCAUUACCUAUAGCUAAUGCUGAAAUUAAUAUACGUAAAAAGUUACGAGAACGCGAUGAAGCAAAAGGUUUACAAAUGCUUGGUAUUGAAUUAUCAAAAAAAGAAAAAAAAAUCAUUCGGUCUUUUUGAAGGAUGUUAAAAUAAAAAAAGACAAAAGAUACCACAGGACAUUCAAAUUCAUAAGUCGAAAACAAACUGACAAUGCCAUGGCAAAAACGACAUGAUUUGACGAUAUUUUGUAUAUUGAAAUGUUAAUUUAUAUCUAAUAGCGUGCACGUUUUACUAGAACUAAGAUGUCAAUAAUCUUAGUUGAAUGUGACCUUCGGCGUUGUUCAACUGUUCAUUUACAGAAAUCGAAAAACGACCAAAAGACUACAAUAUACAAAACACAACACAGAAAGCUAAAGACUGAGCAAUAUAUAAACCACACCAAAAACCAGGGGUGAUCUCAGGUGCUCCGUAAAAAUAUAGCAAUAUAGAUUCUACCACUGCAUCAAGUGUGUUACGAUAUUUCUCCACUCAAGACAGUUACAUUUUAAUAUUUAAAGCACGAGGCUUGCCGAGCUUUUUAAAUAAUUAGAAUUUAACUGUUGAGAGUGGAGAAAUAUCAUAAUACACGAGUUAUAGUGGUGGAAUCUGUUUCUCUAAUGAUUUUUAGACGAUAUCUAAACAAAGUUUAUCCUUCCUUUUCAAAGAUUUGCAGAAAGUUAUAUUUUUUUAUGUGACGUCAUCAGGCAUGGUCGCCUUUUUUCAUGACGUCACAAUAGAAAGUUCAGAAGAAACCAAGAAAAUUUGACGUCAUAAUUGUAUUUCGACCAGUCAUUGCCGAGAACAAAGUUUUCUCUAGAGAUGAGUAAUAUUUUUCUCACACCGAUCGAAAAAUGUGAAAAAAACAUGAAAGUUAGAGAAAUUACCAUUUCAAACACCAUGAAGAGGUAGAAAAUCUCAGAAAUCUAAGACUAGUCAAGGAACAAACAAAGGAAGACCAUUUAAGGAAGGUUAAAAAUAACGGAAGGAAAAAAUAAAAGUGGUGAUGACGUAGAAAAAGAAACGAAAUUAACACUGUCGUUGAAGAGGAAUUGAGAUUGUCAACUACAAUAUAAAGAAAGCUUAUUCCAGAGUAUGCGUUUAUAUUGAUCAGUAAUAAUUCAUAACAGUAUUAAUUUUUUCAAUAAAUGCCCAAAAUCUAGCUUCUCUUCUUUGAUCAAUUACCGUCAUUUUAUUUUUUUCCAUUCAACACAUAAUUUAGAUUUUUGAUGUAUUGUUCUUCAAAUAAAUGAUAAAGAAGACAUUGCAAACAAUAAAUGUAAAAACACAAAUCAUUACAUAUUACUAAUUUUAGAGAGGUGUUAAAUAUUGACAAAUUUGAUGCCUGUAGUGUCGUUCAAAAUAAAACUGAGGUUGCAAUUGUAGCAUGAAUCACGUGUACUCCAUGUUUUAUUUCAAUUAGAACAUGAAUUCGUUUAAAAAGCAAAGGAAGAGCUUCUUUAUAUAAUGUACAUGUAAAUUACCUUUUCUGUUAUGGUAACAAAAGGUAUGCUUUAAAAUAAAUGUAUGAAGUCAUA